AAUUCACCGAUCAUGAAACAGGUUGACGCUGCUGGUCUAGAAGAAGUGAAUAGAAGCGAUAUCAACUGGAAAGAUCACGUGGACUUGAACUAUUGGACAAUAGAAUACACCAAAAUACGACAAAAUAAGCAGAUUUGCCGUUCAGUUCACAAAGUUCAGAAGAGACGAAGAAUGUUUGCUGUUUCCCUCCAAACUUCCCAUUUUCCAGUAUAUGCUGUUUCAGAUAUUUUGCAACAGAGUUUUGGUGCUGAAGGAAAGGAAUCUCUUGUUCUUCCAACCGUUGGAACUGUCUUUGUAGAAAUGGAGAGAAACGGAAAGGAAACGAGAUGGGUCGUGUUCAAACUUUAUCCCGCUACUAUGAAAAUUAAAGCUCGAAACGAUUUUAACGUCAUCAAGACGUUCAAAUGGCCACAGGAGAACUUGAAAGUUAUUUCUGUCGGAGACUUUGUUGAAGCAGCUAUUCUUGACUCCAAAAAUGUCAAAGAUGUUUCGGUUAAAAAAGCCUUUUCUGAGUUAGACCUCGAUUAUAAAAAUUUGGCAAAGUUGCUGCAUUUCAAUCAUUCUAGAAAGAAAGUUUUCCUUCAUCUGGGUGCUCUUGCUAAAUUUCCUUUGGAAGUGUACUUGGAUGCUUCUUUUAUAUACUACUUAACCAAAUCUAAUGGUGGAGAUAGCCAAAAUAAUGGAGUUUCGAUUACAAACUUGUACAAGGAUACCGUUCCGGAACCUCCUGACUUGGAUGUGUUUUGCGAGUUUUUGGCUUCCUUGACCAGUCUUUUUGAUGGUUCUAUUAAAGAAACAGAGCACCUUGCUAUUUAUAUGCUGGCAAACCGAGAAUUUCUUGGCCGUAUUUUUUACUUUAUCAAAUAUCUUAUUCAUCAAUGUCUUGAGGAAAUAGGAAGGAGCCACCAUCUUAAUGAGCAAGAUGAAGAAAUUUCUCUUGAGAAUCAUGUUUUGAAUGCUCUUAAUGGUUUCAUUGUUUUAAACAAUUUACUGCAAUUCGAACAUAAUUAUCACAACAGUCACACAUUUGAGCCAUCAGACUGGUAUUGCUAUAUUUGUGAGGAAUGGUGCUUUUUUGAGAAUUUACCUCUUUUCAGUCAAUUUUUGGUAAUUUUACAAGAUGUUGCAAAGAAGAACAAUAUGAGACACUUUUUCAGCAGGAUACGAGAAGUAGCCAUUGAAUUUUGGACGCUAUGCUUUGCAAGCAAUAUUUGUGAAAGUCAAUUCCUUGAUGAAGCUUUCCAAGCAUUCUUGCAAGAAAAGAGUUUUUAUGAAUAUGUUCUGGAGCCCUUGUUGAAAAGGUAUGCAAAUAUAGACUUAAUGGCUGUUGAAUUGUUACAAAAGAUUUUUGUCUCUGAAUUUCUUAAGCCAGACUUUUCCUUGGAAGAUGAAGCAUGUUCUCCUUGGAAUGAUAAACUACUGCCUCAUUUAAGUAACUGGUUAUCUGAAAUUUCAUCAAAAACUCGUAAAAGUUUCUUCUCCAACUCUUUACAUUAUUUGCGCCUUCGAGUGAUAUAUUUGGUUCUCAGUCAAACAUCUAUCUUUGAAAGACUAUUGACAAAAAAUGAAUAUUUAGUAUCAUUUGUUUCAGCAAUGGUAAAUUUAGUUCAGUUUACUUUUUCGAUGUUAUUUGAAUACAAUAACAUCGAUUCCUUUUCGGAGGCAGAUCAGCACCAUGAAUUGUCUAAUAGUAGCUAUGAUCGAAAAGGAGAAGUACUUUGUUUCAUAUUUCAGUUUUUGAGUCUGUUGGGAGUUUCAAAUAUAGGACAUUCUAUAUUCCGACAUAUUUUAGCAAACCACUUCACAAGUCAAAGAAGUUUGGAGAAGUUAGGUCGUGUUUUAUAUAAGCUGCCGCUUGAAGUAAAUCGCAGUAUGGUUACCAAUGAUGAAUGUCGUCGUUAUCAUAUAGUCUAUAUUUUGUUUGAAAGUUUUCGAGCAGGAAAUGGUGAAAAGAGGUCAAAUGACACAGGAUUUGAUGACUUUGCUUCAGAUUUGGAUAAUUUCAAACUUUCAUCACCAUGCUUAUCAGAGACAAAUGAGAAGGAACCAUCAUCUAAAAGUAAGAAACCAAUUUCUCUGUACCGCUAUUACGAUGCCAUUUGCCAACAAGCUGGAAGAAUGAAGCCCAUGGAAUUCUCAUGUAUUUUGGAGGAAUUGCAAGAUUUUGCAAAGUACACUCUCGAAUCCGAACUUAUGCGUCUGAAUGGGAAUGAUUCCAAGCCUGCGCCUUUUGUUAGGUUGAAAAGAAAUGAGUACAUAUGUGAUUACAUUGGUCCUAUUCGAGGAAAAGGUGAAAUGGAUAAGGUUAUGAUUUGCCACUGUUCGUCAGUAGCUGAUUUACCGUGUUGUAUGGAUUCUUCUUGUCUGAAUCGAGUCUCUUUUACGGAAUGUCAUCCUGAAUAUUGUCGUACUGGUAGUAAAUGCCAAAAUCAACGUUUUCAGAAAUGUGAAUACGCACGCGUGAAACUAUUUCAGGCAGGAGAACGUGGUUGGGGUCUGAAGGCUGCAGAAUUUUUGCCAAAGGGAACUUUUAUUAUAGAGUAUCAAGGAGAAGUGAUCGACACGGAAGAAUACGAACGUCGAAAGAGGCGUUAUGCUGGAGAAAGACAUUUCUAUUUCAUGAGUUUGGAUAGCGAUCAUAUGAUAGAUGCCUCUCGAAAGUCUAAUAUGGCAAGAUUUAUCAAUCAUUCUUGUCAACCUAAUUGUCAUACGGAAAAAUGGACAGUUUUGGGAGAGCCAUGUGUAGGUAUCUUUGCAUCUCAAGAUAUUGAAGCUGGAACCGAACUUGUAUUUGACUAUAAUGUUGAUCGAAAGGGCGUAGGGGAGGAAAGCGUUCGUUGUUAUUGUGGAGCUCCCAAGUGUAGAAAUUGGUUAACUGGUGAUGGAGAUGAGAAGCACAACGAACGAUUGUUACAAACAAAGCGCGAAAAUCGUAUUCGGUUUCUUCAAAAUACACUAUUACAAAUCGAACGUAGAAGAGGAGUUCAACAUUGCAGACUUGAGUCCUCGGACGUUAUGAAACAGGAUGGUGUUUAUGAGGCCUCCAUCUCUUUGGACUCGAUUCCUCGUGAAGUCAAAGAAUUUCAAAUACCUAAGAAACUGCGAAAAAAUUCUUUGGACCAGAAUCGUAGGGAGCAGGUAAAUAGACCUCCAAAUCAUUCAGAAAAAACAGGCGUACCAACAAGUUUUGCGGAUUCUUCUUCUACCAUUUCGAAGAAGUCAAUUCAUACUUUGAAAGAAGAUAAAUACCGUCAGAAGCCUGCUCCUCGUCUUUCACCUUUGAAAGAAGAGUUGAAUUGCAUAACAGAAACUUGUCAUUCUCGUGACAGAAGUUUAGAGUCAGCUAAAGGAAUGAGCUAUGGACCUCCAGGCUUUGGCUAUGAGUUUCUUCGUCUGAAGAAAAGAACAGGAGGAUUAUAGACUCGGUAGCAAAGGCUUGUGUAGAAAGAUCUUGGUUUCAAGUUAUCUAGCUCUUUAACUUGUGUCACUUUUAUGGAAGUGGUUUAGUUUAUUCUAUCCAGCUAUAAUGGAGGCAGUUCAAAGAUCGUAUGAGUAUGUUUUAAAGUGACGCGUUCAUUAAUCGUUGCUUCAUACGCUAUUUUUUUAGCAACACAUAAAAUUUCUCCCUGUGUGAGAGUAGCAUUGUGAAGCAAAGCGAUUUUCAACAAUUUUAAGUUUUUGGCAAGUGUUUUAUCAAGGAAUUGGAUGUUGCAGAAUUUUCUUCAUUUGCAAUUCGAGUGAUUUCAUCCAAGGCUUCGUGCUAUUCUAGGCAAAGUACAAACUUUCUUGAAUUCAGAAUGGAACUUUAAUAUGGAGAGGGCCUCAUACAGAAGAGUCUGAGUAGUGAACCAUUCGUCUCACCAAAUUUACAUAAAACCAAGUUCGAAUUA